CAGCCCAAAAACCGAGAAGUUUUCUGAAGAUGGUGGGAAUCCCAGGCUUAGGUUUGGAUUGUCAUCUAUGCAAGGUUGGCGUGCAAGUAUGGAAGAUGCGCACUUGAAGCACUGAAUGUCUAGGUGUUGCUGUUAUUAUGGUCCAACACAGGUUGGAAAUUUUUUUGUUAUUUUUUUGUAUAUUGCUGAUCGUAUGGAAAUUGGUUUAUUACCUGGAAAUGCCGGUACCAUACCAAUCUGGUAAGUUUCAGUAGUCAGUAUAAGAUUGAUAUUUAAUACCUUGCUUUCUGUUUAAUCCCUCCUUGAAACUACAUGAAUGUGGUUGAGUCAACAUUAAAUUGUGCUUAAUUAUCUAUAGUAAAAAUGCAAAAUAACUCGAAUCUCCAUGAACUUGAGAAGGAAAAGGAUCUGGAGCUAGCUCAGCUGUUUGUAUUCAAGCAAAAGGCUAAUAAUGUUGUGUCUUGUUAUUAAUUGAAUAACUCUUGUUCAUAUGGCGCAUUUGGCAUUAACGGAGUGGAUAUUUUUACCAUUUAUAAAUUUUAGUCUUUGCUGAUCCACGUUCUGUUUGCUUUCCAUGCCUUAUUGGCUUACACAGGCAACUUGCCACCUUAUUAUAAUAUCUUGUCACUUGAUUCAUUUGGCCAUGUGUUUGCAUUUACCUAUAUACCAUGUGUGAGACAUCAAUUUCUGUUAUCAUAUUCUAUGUUUCACACUUAUUUCUCACAUUGCAAUCCCAGCAUGCUGCUCUGCCAGAUCUCGACAAUUGUACAUCAUUCUUUGGUGUUUAUGAUGGCCAUGGAGGAAAAGUAGUUUCCAAAUUCUGUGCAAAAUACCUACACUCUCAGGUUCUCAAGCAUGAGCUUCAUUUGGGUGGUGAUUUAGCUGCUUCAGUACGAAAAGCAUUUUUUAGAAUGGAUGAGAUGAUGCGAGGACAGAGAGGGUGGAGGGAGUUAGCUAUAUUGGGGGACAAGAUGGACAAAUUCACUGGCUUAAUUGAAGGCUUGAUAUGGUCCCCAAGAGGUGGUUAUUCUAAUGAACAUGCAGAUGAAUGGGCCUACGAGGAGGGACCACAUUCUGAUUUCACUGGACCAACAUCUGGAAGCACAGCUUGUGUGGCAGUUAUUAGAAACAACCAACUCAUUGUUGCAAAUGCUGGCGAUUCUCGUUGUGUUCUGUCUAGGAAGGGUCAGGCGAUCAGUUUGUCAACAGAUCAUAAACCAGAUCUUGAUGAGGAGAGGGAAAGGAUUCUAAAAGCAGGAGGCUUUAUCCAUGCAGGGCGAGUAAAUGGAAGCUUGAACCUGGCUAGAGCAAUUGGUGAUAUGGAAUUCAAGCAAAACAAGUUCUUGCCUGCUGAAAAGCAAAUUCUGACAUGUAAUCCAGACAUAAAAAUUGUGGAGCUGUGUGAUGAUGAUGACUUCCUCAUUCUAGCAUGUGAUGGAGUCUGGGAUUGCAUGUCAAACCAGCAACUGGUGGAUUUCAUCAAUGAACAGACAGAAACUGAGAGCAGCCUGUCAACAGUAUGCGAAAGAGUACUGGAUCGGUGUUUGGCACCAAACACUAUCAGUGGAGAGGGAUGCGACAACAUGACGAUGAUACUGGUGCAGUUCAAGAAGCCUCAAAUCCAGUGAUACUGAUCCAUAGCACGUGAUCAUGCUACGGUGAGCCAGGGGUGUCUCGGUGGUCUUCUAUCCUGUGUAGAUCUGAAAGUGCAGUGUACAUAACCAAUAUGACCCCUUCAAAGUUAUAAUAGCUUAGAGGCCUGGAUUCGUCAUCA